AUGAACGCUCAACAUACUAUUGUUAUGGUCCAAUUCACUUCUGACAUAAAUACUCGCACCUACAUUGACUACGAUUCAAUUCAAUUGGCUUUAGAUGGUAUUUGCCAGACCUAUGAACAGGCUCUAAAACAUAGCAAUCCCCAGUCUUCCAGCGCAACAUACACGGCUAGAGACUUAUUCGCCUAUUUAGACGCCCUUUGUAGCAUUUGUGCUUUAGUACGUAAGGCGGAAAAACCUGUCUAUAUGCCCAGGGAUAAACAGUGGAUAAAAAACAAGCUUAUUGAACAUCUAAAGUCCCAGACCAAGUAA